AUGGACUGUGCAACUGGCUGUCAUGAUAUGGUUCUGAGUGCCUUGCGCCCACGACAGCAAAGGGUGCUACGAGAUGCUUUCGCACUAAGAUGCGAGGGCAUGGCCCAGCUUCGGCAAGGCAAGUAUGCGGAGGCCAUCGUGGACUUUGACCAGGCCUUGGAGUUUUCACCAGAAGAUGCCCGUGUGCUGAUGUUGCGGCGGGGAUCUUUCCCGGCUUUGGAAUUUCUGCGACGGUUGCAGUGUUGGAGCCGUUGUGUGGGUCGACAAGGACCUCGUCCUCGACCAGGUCGAGGACCAGGGUCGACCCCUUGCAGCUGCCGAAGCUUGCCAAGAAGGGAUCUUGGAGGUCUUCCGCAGUAG